AUGGCGCCCGUCGCCGUUCACGACAGCAGGAUGCCGGGAUCAUCAUCCAAUGGCGCUGCAUCCUCCUCCUCGACACCAUAUCAACCGCUCGACCACGUUCCCGUCCAUCCCGCCGCCGACUUUCCCAAACCCAAACCGGUCCCCAAGCUCGCCUACCGCACCUCUGCCUACUUCAACACUGAAUGCCCCAUCGUGAUCGACAACGGCUCCUCCGAGCUGCGCGCCGGCUUCGCCCUCUCCUCUCCCUCCAAACCCACCUCCUACUCCUCUCAACCCUUUGUGGCGUACGACAAUCUCAUCUCGAAAGUUCGCGACCGCAAGAAGAGCCUGACGAUGCUGCUGGUGGGCAACGACGUGUACGCCGACGGUCUGUCGCGCAGCUCGAUCCGCACGCCCUUUGACUCCGACGUAGUCACCGGAUGGGACGCCAUGGAGAUCGUCCUCGACUACACCUUUGCCAACCUGGGCAUCGAUACCGAUCGAGUGAACCAUCCGGUGUGUAUGACCGAGACGCUGUGCAACCCGGCCUACAGCCGGGGGAUCAUGAACGAGCUCAUGUUCGAAGCGUAUCAGGUGCCCAUGGUCAACUACGGUGUCGACUGUCUCUUCAGCGCGUAUCAGAACGAGGUGGGACCAGAUGCGCUGGUGGUGUCGUCUGGGCGAUCGAGCACUGUCGUGGUCCCGACAGUGGGUGGGAAGGGCAUCUUGACCAACUCCAAGCGGCUCGCGUGGGGAGGAGCGCAGGCGUCCGACCUGCUCUUGCGUCUCAUCCAACUCAAGUAUCCCAACUUCCCAUCCCGCGUCACUCCAUGGCAAGCCCAAAACAUGAUGGAAGACCUCUGCUACGUCUCGUCCGACUACACCACCGACAUCCGCGGCAUGUCGAUGCUCCCCGCGUCCCACAAGACCCACAACCCUUCAAGCUGGACACCGAUGGAGCGCAGCGACGUGAUCAUCCAAUUCCCUUUCGCCGACGCCCUCCCCGAGCAAAAAUCCGCAGAAGACCUCGCAGCCCAAGCCGAGCGUCGCAAGGCUGCUGGCGACCGCCUUCGUGAACAAACCCGCAAGAUGCGCCUCGAAAAGAUGAUGCAAAAAGAAAACGAUCUGCGGUACUACCUCCAGCUCAAGGAGUGGAAGGGCAAAGAACGCAAGGCCGAGUAUCUGAAGCGACUCGAGAACGAUGGGUUCGACAACGAGGGUGCUCUGGACAAGAUGGUGACGAAAAUCGAGGGGGCGCUGAAGAGAUUCAGGGCAAAAGAGCUGGGUGAGGAGUAUGUGGAGGAUGACAAGUCGGAGGAGCCUAGUUUCCCGCUUGUAGAUGUACCGGAUGCGGAUCUGGACGAGGAGGGUGUGAAGGAGAAGAGGAAGCAGCGGUUGAUGAAGGCCGGGUACGAUGCGAGGUUGCGGGCGAAGGCGGAGAAGGCGGAGGAGAAGCGGUUGGAAGAGGAGGCGUUGCAGAGAGAUGAAGAUGAGAGGGUCAACAACCCUCGCGUUUGGUCGAGCAAGUUGAGGAGAGAGUACGACGACGCUAUCAAUCGCAUCAAAGAGCGCAAACGGAUGAAGGAGAUGCUGUCCGAUCGAAAGUCGCUUGCUGCGCAACAACGGAUGAAGUCCAUCACCGCGCUGGCGUCGGAUGCGCCCGCCAGUGGGAGUGCCACCCCGACCGGCGGUCGAAAGCGCAAGAAGGGCGGCGAAGAGGAUACCUUCGGAGCUAACGACGACGACUGGGCGAUCUACCGCGAGAUUCAAGCCGCCGACGAUUCCGAAGAGGAAGAAGAUGCCUAUACCAAUCUGGCGAAUAUCGAAACCCGACUCUUGACGUUGGAUCCGACCUUCGGUCCGGACGACACGUACGCUGCCCGCCUUGCUCGUAAGAACCGACUCACGCUGACGUUCUUCAACGGUCCCGGUGGCGGACAGGAGUCUACCAUCGCACCUACGGACACGGCCCUCGACGACCCGACCAACGCAGCGGACCCGGAGAGCAUCCGCCGCGCUCACCAGCUGCACCUCAACGUCGAGCGCAUCCGCGUACCGGAGGUGCUGUGGCAACCCUCUAUCGCAGGACUCGACCAGGCCGGACUCGACGAGGUCUGCUCGCACGUCGUGCACAGUUUCGACGCCGAAACGCGCGCUAGGAUGCUGCAGAACAUCUUUGUCACGGGUCGGCACACGGCGUAUAGGGGCUUUGAAGAGAGGCUGUACUCGAGCAUCCGGGCUAGUCAGCCGAGUAGUGUCAGUGUCAAGGUGACCGCGGCGAAGGAUCGCAGGUUCGACGCGUGGAAGGGCGCUGCGAGGUGGAGCGUCGGUGAUGAGUUCAGGCAAAGCGCCAUCACAAAGCAAGACUACGAGGAAAAGGGCAAGGAGUGGUUCAAGGAGCAUGCGCUCAGUGCCAAUUGGAGGUGA